UCUAAUGAUCAGUCCUGGAUAAACUUGAUAUGUUAGCAAGUGUAGAAUACAUUUCUCUCCCCCUCUCUCUCUCUCCUCUUCACACACUUAGGGGCCCUUCUCGGCUGGCCUAUGCUGCUGCUAUAUACUAUACAAACAAACCAGUAUGCUAGCACUCAUUGUGUUUAUCUCUCUUUUUUCUUUUUCUGAAAUGACCCUCAUAUCCUUCUUGAAUGAUACUCUAUCAUGUAAACCUAUUGGUGCUAUCCGCUAGCAUACUUGAUAUCGGCGGCAUACCUAUCCCUCUCCCUAUAUAUAUAUUUGGUUGAUUUUCGUAGUGAUCCCUCCACUCCACUGCAUGCUUGUUUAAAAGAAAGGUAGAGAUCAGAGCUGAAGACAAUGGCGCAUGUUACUGAUAUCACUUCAGCUGAUGAUAUUAUUGUAAGAGAAGAUAAGACCAAGGGAGGUGAUGCAGUAUUGGUGACGGAGUCCAUCGAGAAAGACAUUAAGAAGGUUCCUCCCUUGCCAUCUAAUCGCAGCAUAUACCGAGUUCCCAAGCCUCUGUUCAAAACAAAACCAGAAGCCUACAUACCUCGCAUGGUCUCCAUCGGCCCUUUUCACCGUUACAAGAAACAUUUAAAGCCCAUGGAAGCACAUAAGUUGCGGUAUCUUCAUGAUUUUCGAACCCGCCCCGAAUCUCAGGCAACCUUGGAGGAUUAUGUUAAGGAUAUGACAAAAUUGGAAGACAGAGCUCGGCAAUGUUACUCCGAAAUCGUCCGACUCAAAUCUGAAGGUGAAUUUGUGAAAAUGAUGGUAACUGAUGGUUGCUUCAUACUUGAACUCAUCCUUAGAUUUGCAGAACAGCGCGAUGAUCCAUUAUUGAAUGCGAAGUGGAUGCUUCAUGUUAUAAAGUGCGACCUGAUUCUACUAGAAAAUCAACUUCCCUUCUUUGUUCUCCAGCGUCUAUAUGAACUAUUCACAGGGACUCCUAAUUCUAAUGAACUUGAUACGCUCAUGUUUCGUUUCUUCCAAUAUGUUGUGCCACAAUCCAGAAGCAAUAGACCCGAAAGAAAUUUAUCUGGUAAUUUAACAAAGAAGAUCUUUGAUUUCUGUGUUAUAAGGAGGUCGUCAUCGAAGAAAGAUAAAGAAGAGUUAGUCCAACCAUUAAUCGGGAAGGCAGAGGAAGAAUAUGCAGAAACUCCAGAUCUAGCAGUACUGGAAGAAACUGAAGAAAAAUUUGGGGCCUCAAGCAGGAUAGUGGAGGAAGGACAAGGAGGACCUCCAGCACUAAGGCCCUCAAUGAGGAUGGCGGAGGAAGGACAUGGAGUAACUAUAGAAGUAAGGGAAAAGCCUGAAGAAAAAUUUAGAGCCUCAAGCAGGAUUGCGGAGGAAGGACAUGGAGUUCCAACACUAAGGCCCUCAAUGAGGAUGGCAGAGGAAGGACAUGGAGUAACUAUAGCAGUAAGGGAAAAGCCUGAAGAAAAAUUUGGACCCUCAAGCAGGAUAGCGGAGGAAGGACAUGGAGUUCCAACACUAAGGCCCUCAAUGAGGAUGGCGGAGGAAGGACGUGGAUUUCCAGCACCAAGGCCCUCAAUGAGGAUGGCGGAGUUCCAAGCAAAGCAUUUGCUUGAUUUUGUACGAAAUUCACUCCUCCGAUCAUUAACGAAAACGAAGCGUGGAAAAUAUGUGUACUCCCGUUGUGCAACAGAGCUCAAAGAGGCCAACGUCAAGUUUGAGAAGAAGGAGAUGGCAAGUUUGUUGGACAUAACAUACGAAAAAGGAUUGUUGAAAAUUCCGACCAUUAAGAUUCAGGAUGGGACAGAGUCUCUGCUUCGAAAUAUCAUUGCCUUCGAGCAGUAUGGUCAAGAUAUGUGCAUCACAGACUAUGCUUUCUUUAUAGACGGUCUCAUCAACUCUCAUACGGAUGUGGAGUUGCUUGAAAAAAAGGGAAUUAUUGAUAGAUUUCUUGGUGAACCAAAAGAGGUGGCUACUUUAUUUAACAGUCUUCUCAAAGAUGUUACAACAGAAUCUGGAGAGUAUCAAUUCUGGGAUGUUUAUGAUGGAUUGGAGCGUUAUUACUUGAUGCCAUUCCACAGAUGGAAGGCAAAUUUAAUGCUCAAUUAUUUUAGCAAUCCAUGGGCAUCCAUUGGAUGCAUUGCUGCAUUGGUUCUCUUCGCCAUUGCUGUUUUUCAGGCCGUUUGUUCCAUCCUAAGUCUCACUACAUGAACUGAGUCUUUGUAUGUGUCUAGCUAUGACCCUGUUGAUCGAUGAAUCUUGGCCUUUUUAUAUGUUUAAGGUUGUUAUUACCAUUUAUACUAUGUACCAGACAGUAGUGUUUGUUAUAAUAUGUUCCAAGUUUUAUGAGUAGGAUCGAUAUGUAAUAAUACCAUCCCAUAAAUAAAUUCGUAAGUAUGGUUUUAUGUUUUA